GUAAAAAAAAAAGUUGUGGACUGGCGCACACUCGCUUGAAAGGGAAAGGAGCGGUGCAAGGCAUUAGCUUUGCACUUAAUGAAACAGUGGGUAUUCACAAACUUUUCCCGAGUUUUCUAAGGUUUGGCUUUCCCUACAAGUCACAAUGCUGGAAUACAGUUGGUAUGGGCAGGUCCAGACCCACUUGGACAAUCCAACUAGGUAUCACGUUCAGCAAACUCAGAGGCAUCAAGUGAAGCAGUACCUAACGCUGGAUGCGAAGCUGUCUAGCCAAAGCCUGUCAUCUCAUUCCCAUUCUAUCCAUUCUUCAGCAGCUAUGCCCAUAUUAAGGAGUGGGCAUAUGCCUCUGACCAACAUCAGCACUCCUGGGAGUCCAGUGACUAAGUUAUUAAGUCUUGGAGGAGAACAUGAAAAUGCGAUGGAGGACGUUAUCGAUGACAUAAUCAACAUGGAAUCUAGUUUCAAGGAUGAGGGAUAGGUUUGCUCAGAAACACCGCUACUCUUGCAAAGCGCUCUUUCAAGUAGCAUUUUGGAUAUAUACAACAGUGACCAAGGAAUGCCAGCUGCUAAUAUGGGUCUCACAAAUGCAUCCUGCCCAUCUAAUUUGCCUGUUAAAAGGGAAAUCACAGAAACAGAUACUCGAGCAAUGGCAAAGGAGAGGCAAAAAAAGGAUAACCAUAAUCUCAUUGAAAGAAGAAGACGGUACAACAUUAAUUACCGGAUCAAGGAGCUUGGUACACAUCCAAAGUCUAAUGAUCCUGAUAUGCGCUGGAACAAAGGAACUAUUUUAAAAGCAUCGGUGGAGUAUAUCAAGUGGUUACAAAAAGAACAACAAAGAGGCAGAGAAUUAGAGCACAGACAGAAGAAAUUAGAACAGGCCAAUAGAAGGCUUUUGCUUCGAAUUCAGGAACUAGAAAUACAAGCACGAGCUCAUGGCCUGCCAAUCAUGCCUACAAUCAGCACGGUGGACUUAGCAUCGCAUGUCAUGAAACAGCAGGUCUAUCAGGAAGAGAAUUCAGUAGAUUAUUCUCAACAUCUUGCUGUGGUCCACGAGCAACACUCUGACCUUGGUGAUGCCUCUGCAGCCUUUUCGGAUCCACUCUCACACUUUACAGAUUUGUCUUUUAGUGCCGCUUUGAAAGAGCAGAGGUUGGAUGACAUAUUACUGGACGAUACAAUCUCACCAUUUGGGACAGAUCCACUGUUAUCCUCUGUGUCUCCUGCUGUGUCCAAAGGAAGCAGCAGAAGAAGUAGCUUCAGUUCAGAUGAUGGAGAUGAUGUAUAGCACGGAAAAGACUGCAUAGUUAGGGUGCUGCUGUUUUGUUUUGUUUUGACUUUGCUGGUGCUAAGAAAAUUAUGAAACGUAUUUAUGUUGUUGCUCAGCUCAACUGGAAAAAGAAAGGAGUCAGCUGUUGUUGAGAGAACCUUCCUCGGAAUAUAUAGUUUAGGUGUGUGCAUACAUCACAGAUGAGCAAUAGAGUGAAAAGCAGUUCUAUUUUUAUAGAAAAAGAGGUUCCGGAAGUCACCUACCUUGUUCUCUUAGAAUGGCACCUGAGACAUGCCAGAACGCACCUGAGAGGUGCGAGAACUGAGUUCCUGUGAGUUCCCCCUGAAUAGAAGCUCUGGUGAAAAGCAUAUAUUUGGUUGGAAGUGAUCACAGUAAGACUGAUAUUUCACAGCUGACAUUUUGCAAUGGAUAAGAUCCAGACAUGGCCAUGCCACUGAAAUUUGUAGGACUCAAUUAAGUUAAGACUAACUUCAGUUUUAUUGAUUUCAAUGGGUCUGCUCUCAGUGUGACCCAGUCUGGAUCCAACCCACUGAUUCGUAUUUAUUUACUAAUAAUGCUGCAGGUGUGUUUCCUUGCAAUUAUACACCAAUAUUGUAUCCAGUGCUUUUUUCUAGACAAAUAGGUGCCGGUAUUCACCAGGAAGUUGUUAUAGUAAGUGUCACACUUUUUAACAACGACAAAAAGA